GCACGAGAUUGCCAUGCCUUGCUGGGGUUGCUCCUCCCGGGCAGGGGAGGAGCUCUACCGUGGGCGGGGCCACAUGGUCGGCCGCGAUCAUGGCUGCCGAGGAGGAGGAGGAGAAGCGUCGGGGGCCACAGGCAGCAAAUGAGAAGAUGCUCUGGAAAAAGCAUCGAACGUGAUCUCUGUGCACUCCGAAGCGAGUGCACGGACGGCGGGAGUGAACGGUCUCGUCUCGCUUCGGCGACUUAGACGUGUGAUCGAUGCUCGUUGGAUAAGGACGAAACUUCGGGUUUGGGUCUCAAGAUGGCUGCCCUUCCGAGCGGCAAGAAUUUAGAAGCCUCUGAUGCUGUUUCUGCCUCUCCUCUCCUUGAAGAAAAACCCAAAAGCAAAGGCCUCUUCCACUCCGGGUCUCUCUUCUUCAACCGCAGUGAAAAAUUUGUCAUUGCCAGGAGUGACAGCGUGCCGGACGAGAACGUUUUGAAGAUCACCAUCACGGAGACUACUGUUAUUGAGUCGGAUUUGGGCAUCUGGAACUCCCAUGCACUUGUCUACCUCACCCUGUGGUUUUUCUUCAGCUUUUGCACCCUCUUCCUGAACAAAUACAUCCUUUCGCUGCUGGAGGGGGAACCGAGCAUGCUGGGUGCUGUUCAGAUGCUUUCCACAACUUUCAUCGGCUGCAUCAAAAUGUUUGUGCCCUGCUGUCUGUACCAGCACAAACCGCGCGUCUCGUACCCCCCCAACUUCAUCAUGAUCAUGCUGUUUGUCGGACUGAUGAGGUUUGCAACUGUAGUCCUAGGCCUGGUCAGCCUGAAGAACGUCGCCGUUUCUUUUGCUGAAACGGUUAAAAGCUCCGCCCCCAUUUUCACGGUCAUCAUGUCCCGCAUGAUUUUAGGGGAAUACACUGGAUUGCUCGUGAAUCUCUCUCUCGUCCCGGUUAUGGGAGGGCUGGCCUUGUGCACAGCGACGGAGCUGAGCUUCAACGUCCUCGGGUUUUCCGCGGCGUUGUCUACGAACAUCAUGGACUGCCUGCAGAACGUCUUCUCCAAAAAACUGCUCAGCGGAGAUAAGUACCGCUUCUCAGCUCCGGAACUUCAGUUCUACACAAGUGCAGCUGCGGUAAUAAUGCUAAUUCCAGCCUGGAUAUUUUUCAUGGAUGUGCCAGUUAUUGGGAAAAGUGGAAGAAGCUUCCGGUACAAUCAAGACAUCAUUGUGUUACUACUGAUAGACGGAGUCUUGUUCCAUUUUCAGAGCGUCACAGCAUAUGCUCUGAUGGGCAAAAUUUCCCCUGUAACUUUCAGUGUUGCCAGCACCGUGAAGCAUGCGCUGUCCAUCUGGCUGAGUAUUAUCGUCUUCAGCAACAAGAUCACCAGUCUCUCGGCUGUCGGCACCGUCCUGGUGACUGUCGGCGUUCUCCUUUAUAACAAAGCCAAGCGACACCAGCAAGAAACCAUCCACAGCCUGGCCUCUGCCGCAUCAGCACUCCAACCAUCACAGAGCCCGGGCGAAGAUACAGAACCACUGAUCCCUCAGGACUUAAAGCCGUACAAGUGAGGUGACCCCUUUGUCUCUCCACCGUAGGAUGCUUAGUUUUCCGAAGUCCACUAUCCCAGCGAUCAGCGGGGCCUGAGACCUCCUGUUUAUGUCUUCCGAUAGAGAACUCCUUGAGAAAUAGGUGUACAGAACAGAAGAAUAAUCAGUAAGUUGACUGUGCGUUCCGUUCUAGAAGAAUGACGUGUGGUUUAUUAGGGUUUUGGGACCUCCACUGAAAAAAAUGUGAAAUACGGCAAUGUUUCCAUCAUCUGCACGCCCACUGUGGGACAACAUCUUGUCAGUCCAGAGGUCGGUUUUGCAGAAUUCCAAGAACACAAGAGACCACUGUCUUCUGAAGAUGCAAACCAGCAAAGGGGACUCAUAUGAGCUCCAGGAACUCAUAACCACUACUUUAUUCUGUGUCUGAUCUGCAUCUAAGACACUGAACCCGAAACAUCCACUUUUGAUGGACCAAAAGUGGAAACUGAUAACCACUGUCUCUGUGUGGGGGAAAGCCUCUGGAGAUGUUCAGCUGUCAAUGUGAUGAUAUAUUAACAAUUUUGACAGCCAUUCUCCCAAGUUUAAUUUCAGGUUUUCUCUGAACUGCAAUGUGCAGAGCUUUUAGGAUCCAGGCUGGGAUGUCGGAUCCGUCAGAGGAUGGCUGGGCAGACCAACCUGAACUUUGUUUUUUUUAAUAGGUGGAAGCGAUAGGGCAAUAUAUGGUUGGCGGUAGAAUAUGUGGGAUUGUGGCGAUAUUUUUCCUGAACAUAAAGGGCCAAUGGUGUUUGGGGUUU